AAUGAAUCCAUGCAGUACUUUUUGAGUUUAUCCCGGACAUAAACAGACAAAAAUACUAAAAACUAUAUUUUUGGUUUCGGUAUCGAUUGUAGAUCACACCACAAAUAUUCUUUUAAAAGAAUAUUCGAUGUACAGUUUUGACUUUCCUACCAUUUUAAUAUAUGUAUAUAUUUUUUUCUAGACUCAUUCUAGUACUGCCAAAUUUCGCACACCCAACACGGUCGGUCAGCGUGUGACAUAACAUUAUGAAAGCGCUUCAUAAUAAAAGUAUCUAAUUAACUUCGUUAUGUAACUAUGGUGUUUGAUUUAUCCAUUGGAAUCGUUUGGCUCGCUUGAAUGAGCCACACAAUACGGUUAGACGAUUCAAAAUGUGCAGUCUCGCUUCGGUAUCCUGAACUGAAUGACGUCGCCGUGCCCAUAGCAACAGAAUCGUGCGCAUAUCAAGACAUAAGUAGUGAAUUUAUUCCUUAGAACAGAUAUGCUAAUAACAUUCGUCACUUUGUUACUUGUCAUCGUCGCAGGAUAUGUUAUAAGAAGCGUCACGAAACCAAGGAAAUUUCCACCAGGACCCAAAUGGUAUCCUUUCUUCGGGUGCAGUAGUUUAGUUGCUAGCAUGACCAAAAAACAUGGUUCACAAUGGAAAGGUUUAUCGACUUUAGCCAAGGAGUACUCCACCGAAGUGUUGGGGUUGAAGUUGGGGAAUGAGAUAGUUGUGGUGGUCUACGGUGAGAAGAAUAUCAGACAAGCGUUCACAGGCAAAGAGUUUGAGGGACGACCCGACAGUUUCUUCGUUAAGUUGCGUUGCCUGGGGAAAAGAAUAGGGAUCACUUUUGCUGACGGUCCGUUAUGGCGCGAGCAUCGAAAUUUUACAGUGAAGCAGCUUAGAAACAUUGGUUUCGGCAAAACUGCAAUGGGAAAUGAUAUACAAUGCGUUCUCGCAAACAUUAUUGAUUACAUCGGUAGAAACAAUGACAAACCAAUAAACCCAACGAGUAUAAUGCCGACGGCAGUUAUGAAUGUGAUAUGGAAAUAUGUCGCAGGAGAGCAGAUAAACGAGGAGCGUUUGGCUUUCCUUCUGGAUCUACUGCGCGCCCGCUCCAAAGCAUUCGCGAUGGCAGGCGGCUGGCUCAACCAGGCUCCUUGGUGCCGAUACCUUUUCCCCGAACUGAGCGGCUAUUCGCUCCUCAGACGAAUGAACCAGCAAAUAUCGGAAAUCAUAGAAGAAGCCAUUAGGAAACAUAAAAUUAGAGCAGUCGAAGAGCAAGACUUCAUAUAUUCGUUUUUACAGGAAGUCGAAGGAAAUAAAACCUCAUUUACGGAAGAACAACUUAAAGUGAUAUGCCUUGAUCUCCUAAUUGCCGGCUCGCAGACUACAAGCAACGUGCUAGAAUUUGCAUUUCUAGCCGUCCUCCGUAAUGGGUCACUGCAAGAAAAACUGUACAACGAAAUAAGUCAAGUUCUAGGAGACGAUGUGCCUUGCUGGGCCGAUAGUCACAGACUCGUGUAUGUGUCAGCCUUUUUGUUGGAAGUGCAGAGGUUUUACACGAUUGUGCCAUUGGCAGGGCCAAGAAGGCUACUCGAAGAUACGGUCAUCGACGGAUAUUUGAUACCAAAAGAGUCCACUGUGCUCAUAUCGGUUGGCGAUGUACAUUUCGAUCCGAAAAUAUGGGACGAUCCAGAUGAUUUUAAGCCCGAAAGAUUUAUCGACGAGAGUGGAGCGUUAAAAAAUUCUGAACACAUGUACCCGUUCGGCUUAGGUCGCAGGCGAUGCCCGGGCGAUUCUCUCGCAAAAUCCUUUAUAUUCAUCGUGUUCGUAGGCAUUUUGCAGAAAUACCGACUCGAAUGUAGCAACGGAGUGCUGCCAUCGCCAGAGCCCGUCAUCGGACUGAUAUCUGCCCCGAGGCCGUACACGGCAGAGUUCAAACCGAGGAUAUAGCGCAAUAUAUGUAAUAUCAUGUUCCUGGUUCCGUCGUAGCCAAUAUGGUGAUUGUAUUGUUAGACCAUUAUUUAGAACAAUUUUUAUUGUAUUAAAGUUUAGUUUACAAUUUUA